AUGGUCGAAGACAUCUACUUACACUCAUCUGUUCUCUUGAACAUUGCAUGUGAUAUUUCAAGAGGUCCUAGUGCCCAAUUUGGUGUGUUUCUAGGGACAAUAAACUCAAAUAAAGUAAUUGUUGAGAAUUCUUUUGAUAUCAUAUUGAGAGACCAAGUAUAUAUCAACGAGGAAUUUUUUCUCAGAAGAUUAGAGCAAUACAAUACUAUUUCCUCAGAGUUGGAAAUGGUUGGUGUUUACCACCUAACGAAUAACCUUGAUCAUAAUCCUUUGACAGAAUCAAUUGUUGAACAAGUAAGCAGAUUACAUAACAUACCACACAUGACGUACACUCUCAUUGACGGACCUAAACUUCAGCGUGGUGAAGAAUUGAGGGAGAAGGCGAUCUUCCGCACAUAUAUGAAUAAGAAGAUUGUGCCCACAUUUAUUAUUUUGAGUAGCACGGAAUCUAUUGCGACUUUAACUGCGUACAAACAUUCGAACUACCUGAAACAGGAUGCGAGGGUAAUGAGGAGAGAUGCGUCAGAAACAGUCCUAGAUCUACAGAAAAAAUUGCAAAGAAUUAUAGAGCAUUUAGAGAAAUCCAAUGCUUCUGAGCUGGUAGAUCAUUAUGUCCUCAACAAAGUGAUAAACCGACUUGCCAAUAAAGUUACAGCUUUUAAAAGUCAACAAGCAAAGGGAAAUGGUAACUACGAAUUACAAACAUCUCGCUUAGGUAUAUUAACCGAGCAACUCACUGUCUUGGAGGAGCUAAAAACCAAGAUUGAUCUUUCAAUUCUCCGACACGUUGUUGGACCAAACAGCCAGUCUGGUUUCAACCAUUCUCAAUAUAAUGUAGGUGGUCCCUAUCCUUCGAGGAGCUAG